CAUAACCUCAAACAACUAAUAACCUCAAUUUUGUUUGACGUGUCGUGUUUUAGCGUCAACUGUCAAACUUGUUAUUCAAAAUAAAACUAGAAGGUUCGAACGGAAAAAAAUUGACGUUGUCAGUGAAUUUUUACAAUGGAAGACGUAGAGGAACCUUAUAAAUACCCUUCGGAAGAAAUAUCGAAAGAAGAAGAGAAGGAUAAUUGUAUAUACGCCGCAAGGGAAGAAAUAAUCGAUAGAGUUAUGUUGGAAAUCGAUAAAAUCGAUAGAAAACAACGUAUAGUGACGUUUAUCGUCGAUAUAGCUUGCGAAGCACUAUGGAGGAUGAUGAAUAUUGAAUUUUUUCAUCGUACCCGUAUACCGGACGUUAGUUUACCGAUUUGGAGUGGCGAUUGUUGUUCCAAACCGUCUCCUAAGGACUUUUUGGCGGCCAAAACCGUACCGAUAAGGAUCCAAAAGGAAUUGGAGAUGAAGUUACGGGAAUCCGUACCGGAAUUGAUAUGUCAAUGUCAUCCUAUCGCAAAGGAUCCAUGCGAAUGCUUGUUAACCGAAGAUAUGAGAAAUUUGGGAGCCUUAGAAGAAUUGCAAAAACCCCCAACUCCCGAACAAGUUUCGCUCGAAUCCAUUAACUCAGCAUCUAGCAAAACGAGUUCUACGAACGAUGAAGGUGAAUAUUCCGAAACGUACGAUCAGCGCGCGCUCCCUUCGAUAGUGGGAGAUACGUCAGAGGAAUCGGUGGUGCAUAAGGAAGUCAGGUGCGUAUUGAGCGAAGGUUUUUCGAAAUUGCGUACCGAGGUUAAUCAAAUUGUCCUACCGAAAAUCGACGUGACCAAACCGACUAGAGAGGCCAGAAUCACUUGCCUCGUAGAAUUGCCCGACGUCAGAGCUCGCAUCACACACGACAUACAAUCGGACGAAAGCGAAAAGAAGGAGAAAUUGAAAAGGAAAAAGGACGCGGAGAGAAGUGCCAGGAUUAAAAAACCGCUUUGAAUUUGUUAAUUGUUUAUUAUUAAAAGUUUUAAAAUUGAUAUAA